GUGAAUGUGCAGCGAAGAUGACAUCUCGUGAGUUUAUACAUUUAAUUUGUGCUUUUGGACUCUUUCAUGAAGGUCUGACAGCUCUGAUCCAGACACAGCGGACUGUGAUGGCAGCUGAAGGAAAAGAAGCUCAGUUCAGCUGUCAGCUGACUCAAUCUAAAGAUGUUCUUCAGGUCACAUGGCAGAAACGUUUACCAAGCGGGGAGAAGAAUCUUUGUACUUUCAACAAGUACUUUGGUCAGCGAGUGAAUCCUGACUUUAGAGAUAAAGUGGAGUUUGAAGCUGCUGGACUGCAGAACAGCUCCAUCGUGAUCAGGAAGGUGACAGAGCUGGAUGAAGGCUGCUAUCACUGCUUGUUCAACACCUACCCUGAAGGUGCCCUCAAAGGUACAACCUGCCUCCACCUCUAUGAGCUGCAUGAACCCAUUCUACAUGUGAGACAGUCAAACUCUAGUGAAGAGGCACUUGUGUCCUGCUCGGCCACAGGUCGACCUGCUCCCACAGUGAUAUUAAGAGUCCUGCAGAAAGACCUCCACCUCUCAGGCUACAGCUCCGUCAGCGUCACCAACAGCAACGGCACAGUCACUGUCACCGCUGCAGCUGUGCUGUCGGCCUCAAAUGACAGCAGCACACAGGUUGGAUGUGCAGUGCGAGUGCUCUCUGGUCCUCAGAUAGAGACGUCUGUGACGUUGCCUGAGGUCAAACGGUCGUCUGCUGAUGGUUUGUUUGAGGAAUCUGAGCCUGAUGACGAUUCCAGUGUCACUUGGAUCAUUGUGUGUGUGUUCGUGGUCUUCAGUGUCUGUUGUGUUGCAGUCAUCAUCUCAGUCCUGCUUCUACAACAACAAAAGAAAAGUGUGUCGCGCAGGGACUCUGAGGACAUCAGGACACCACAAAAACUGAUGGAACACACUCAUGAGACCAAAACCCCUUUAAUGCAGCAAGAGAGCGAGCAGGUGAGGCUGCGGGUGUCUACUGGGUCAAAACAAAGCAAGAACUCCCCAAAAGUAUCAUCUGGGACAGCAAAGCGUCAGCUGUUUUAACCAGUGCCAGCUGUUUGUGCCAGAGGAUCACCCACAGGCCUGCAGUGACAGGGUGAGGACAGAUAUGGUGACAUUUGUGAAGGGAGUGAAACCGGCAGACUGUAUAAGAUCCAUCUUUCAGUCCCACACAUGUCUGUCCCAGGAAGAUCAAAAAGAUUCUCUUUUUUUCUUUUUUAAUUAAAAUAUUGAAAGUUUUCCUGCUGCUCUUUCUUUUUUUAACUAAACCAAAUAGCGACAAACACGAAUUUACAAGAGACUGUCUGAGUUCUAAGAUUUACCAAAGCAAUGUACAUAAAAUAUUGAUUCCAGAUGUGUUCUGCUGAUGUUUUUAAUAUUGUUCAACACUCCUUUAACCAGAGCCAGAUUUGGGCAAAUGAGGGUUUUGUAAAGGAAAAACUAAACUUUUGUCUGUUGUUAUCUUUGAUGUUAUCUUUUGAUUUCUAUGCAUUUGUAUUUUGUACAUGUUUUGAUAAAAUGUCAGUUUUCAACAUCACCAAACUGU